CCAACAUGCACCGCCCUGUUCGAAUUGUCAUUGAGGCCGAGCGUUCGAAAACAGCGAAGGACUAAGUUGAACAUAUGCGUUAGAAGAUUCAUCUGGACAGCUGCGUAAAGGAGAUCUUGUGUCAACUGUAAAAAGCGGUGUGGCGACAGAAAGGGAAAUAAAGUCUUGCGUGUCUCGACACGGACACAUCUGACAUCUGAGAAUGAUGAUACAAUGUGAACUGCCGAGAGUAGCGAACAGUGAAACACCGCACUGACAAGUGCAGCUAGUGAACUUGGACGACGUACUGCCGGCUCUAACGUUUCUUUCUUUUCCCCGAGCCGAGCCUGUGACCAGCUUAUAUUAGUAUGUUUCCUCUGGACUCACCGUGGAACAUUUCGUUUGCGGGCUGUGGCUUUUUGGGCAUAUAUCACAUUGGUGUUGCCAGCUGCCUACGGGAACAUGCCCCCUUCCUGGUAGAAAAUGCCAGAAACAUCUACGGGGCCUCGGCAGGGGCGCUGACCGCUACUGCUCUGGUGAGCGGCGCUUGUUUGGGAGAGGCAGGGGCUAACAUCAUUGAAGUUUCCAAAGAAGCUCGCAAGCGCUUCCUGGGGCCUCUUCACCCUUCAUUCAACCUGGUGAAGAUAAUGAAGAACCGCUUGUAUCAGACACUGCCAGAAGAUGCCCACAUACUAGCCAGUGGCCGUCUAGGCAUCUCUCUCACCCGUGUUUCAGAUGGAGAAAAUGUGAUGGUAUCCGAGUUUAACACCAAAGAAGAAUUAAUACAGGCCUGCGUGUGUAGUGCCUUUAUUCCUGUUUACUGUGGACUAAUCCCACCAUCACUUCAAGGAGUAAGAUAUGUCGAUGGUGGAAUUACUGAUAACCUGCCACAGUAUGAAAUGAAGAACACCAUUACUGUUUCUCCGUUCUCUGGGGAGAGUGACAUCUGCCCUCGUGACAGCUCAACCAAUAUCCAUGAACUGCGGGUUACAAAUACCAGCAUCCAGUUCAAUCUAACCAACCUAUACCGCUUAUCUAAGGCUCUGUUUCCUCCAGACCCUCAGGUGAUGAAAGCUAUGUGUCGACAAGGCUACAAGGAUGCCAUGUAUUUCAUAAAAAAAACAGGACUUGUACAAUUUAGACGACCACUCCAGAGUCCUGCUGCUGUUUCUGCUGAGAGAGAUGAAGAAGAAGGACAAGAUGUUGUUGAGGUCUUCACAGAAAACUCUGAUAUAGAAGAUCAUAUUUUUGAUCAUUUGCCACCAAGAUUGCAUAGAGCCCUGAUGGAAGCCUGCACAGAGAAGAGAAGUCUAUUCCAUUCCUUGUCAAAUCUUCUGCCAAUGCGUCUAGCCUCUGUAAUGAUGCUACCAUAUACUUUACCUUUAGAGUCGGCAAUCUCUUUUACUGUGAGGUUACUGGAAUGGCUGCCAGAUGUACCAGAAGAUAUUGAGUGGAUAAAGGAUCAGACGCACAAAGUGUUGAGAUACCUCCUGUGCAGUGCCAAAAACAGAAUAAGCCAUCAUCUCUCUGGCAGGCUCUAUUACCACCUGGAGCUACGACGCACACAGUCCCUUCCUCUACCCAUAAGUCAUGCAUCAGGCCAGCUGUUCCGCAAAUGGGAGAAGAAUAGAUCCUCCUUCAUGGAUUUGAUACUCAAAGUAGACGAGUGCCAGCGGCAGUUACUACCAGGAUUUUUCUGCAUUAAUGUGGACAUGCAGGCAUCACUGUAUCAUGAAACACUUGAGUUGAAACCAGAUGAAGGACUCAAAAUGAGAGAAGUAAAUAAACUACCAUCCCCAAUGGUAGAAAACCCAUCACUGUCAGAAACUGGGCCGUCUGAGACUUUGCUAGUAUGUGACAAUGUAACAGCCCAGUUUCAGACCUCAGAGGAUUAUAUCAACCAUUAGCACUGAAGAUUAAACUAUUUCCACAUUCUUCAUUAAAAUUAAGUGGUCUCUGCAAUCAUUAAACACUUACUGGAACAUCUCCAAUAAUGCUAAUGCUCCCGGUGGCCUUCAUAAUCUUUUGCUUUUAAAAGUUCUUGUAGUACUUUUACACACUUACAGUCAAAAUAUGUACACUGUCUACAAAGCACUUUGUGUUAUAUGUAGCAUUGUUAGUGUUACUGCAGUUAGUCAGUAUUAAAAAAAAAAAAUAAAAAAUCCUAAAACCACAGAGCAUCAUUACAGAUUUUUAUGACUCGUCUCCUUUGGAUUCUGUUAGUUACUUUUAUCAUCUUAUAGAGCACUGAUUCAGCUAUGUCAGAAAGGACAGUUCUCCUCUAAAUAGACAUUAUUUAAUAAAACAAAAUUAUCACAUUGGACAUUUUGUGGCUUUACAUUGAUAAAAGUGAUAUCUCCCUUCUGGCAUAACCUAAUUAGAAGCCAGUAGCCAGAGAGGCACAAACUUGCCUCAUGUUAAUUCAUGAAGACCUCAAUGAGCUUUUCUUUUCUGUUAAAUAAAUAAAAGUAUAGGUGUAUGCUACAUCAAAAUCAAGAGCAGUUACAGACCAUUUAUGUUUUUAAUGUCUUAUGAAUCUGUAAUUUUUAUGAACCAAACGGCACAGAGAUAUUUGUAAUCAAAAGGUUUUUAGAAAAGUAGGGCAGAGGAGUAUAGCAUGUGGUCAAAAAAAACGAGGUGAUUAUGUUGUAUAGAGAAGGUAUGUUUCCCAUCAGGUAAAUGGUUUCAUAGAAAAGCAUAUCAUUAUGCAAGUAAGAAAAGUAAUGGGCAGUAUGAAAGGAAGAGAUUGUUAAGGGUAACAGGGAUGGAAAAUGAUUUUGCUGUAUAAAAUAAAUUUGUUGUUUUGAAGGGAGAUGCUAGCUUAUUGCAUUGGGCAAUACUCACUCCAUUUAUAUAAAAGGAUUUAUUGAUGCUUUUCUGCCUGAAGUAGAAGGCAGCACUGGGAAACCUGUGUGUAUGUAUGAGCUUGUAAUCAGGUAUGAAUAGAUGAUGUGUUGAGGUAAGGGGAGAAGGGUGAGGUUUUGCCCUAGAAGUUACAGGUGCAUUUUUCAUUUUCAGUUUAAGUGUAUUGUCCACAAUAUCAGAAAUUCAUUGGAUUUACUAACAUGAUUAUGUAUAAAACCACAUGGAAUAUUCCCCAAUGUACAUACAGGCUUGUGAAUUUAGUGAAUCUUAAAAAGUUUUGAACAGUUGGGCGCUGUAACUUUCCUUUUUAACAAACCAAAAUAUUGCAUUCUUAUAUCAUGGGGUCAGGGGUGCUUCAGAAACUAUGUUUAAUUUUGCUUCCCACUGCUACAGUAUGUCGUACAUAAUGGUUUUUGACCGAAAUUACCUCAGCAGCUAAACAGUAAAGAAAACAAAGAUAGUAUUCUAAAAUCAACUGCAUUAGAUCUUUGCAACAGGCAAUGCAUUUUUGUACUUGCACAUAAUUUGUAUCUAGUAUAAGUUUUAUGUUCUGCAGAGAGUUAAGUUAAUGUUUAAAAUACAUGUUAAUAUUUAGAGGAUUAAUCAUUUAUUUUGUUUAUGGAAAAAUCCAACCUGCACUUUUAUGGAGCAAAAAAGCCAAAGCUUUUUCAAAUUUUCUUUUGUUUUCUUGUUUUAUCAAUAGUAUUUAGCACUCUCCUUGCUUCUGUUGCCUUCGAUUGGAGGGACUAUUUUGGGGUGUUUUUCUGAAAGCUAGUUUCUUAGCUUAAAACUGGGAAAUUCUACUAGAUGCAUAGUAUUACUAAUUAAUCUGUAUUAAAAAGAUUUGUUCAAGAAACCAUGGCAGAGAUUUUUUUUGGACAAUUAUGCAAAAAGUCACCUCAGUUUGGUGGAUGUCUUAGUGCAAUGAUCAUUUCUGUUUUAUUGUAUGUGUGUUUGUAUGUUUAUGUAUAUAUGUGUAUAUACUCGUAUAUCUGCACUGGUAGACAAAAUAUAUAUUUAAUCAAAAAGUCAUAA